CGCAGAGCAGAACAGAAGAAGAGAGUCUCUGCCAGCGAAAGCCAACCUUUCUCAAUCUCACCCACUUUUAUCUUCUUCCUUCCUUCCUUCCUUCCUCCUUCUUCUUCUUCUUCUUCUUUACUUCUCUCUCACUGUUUGAUUUCAAUCUCAUGGCCUCUCUACACACCCCGGACCUCGACUCCUCCUCUGCGGCCGCCGACUCGGUUGCCUCCUCCCCCCGCUCCGAGAACGCAUCCCACGACGGCCUCCUCCCUCGCGUCCGCUUCAUGUGCAGCUUUGGCGGUAAGAUCCUUCCCCGCCCUCAUGACAGCCAGCUCCGCUACGUCGGCGGCGACACCCGGAUCGUCGCCGUCAACCGCUGUACCACGUUCUCCGCUCUCCUCUCCAAGCUCUCCAAACUCUCUGGGAUAAAUAAUUUGACGGUCAAGUACCAGCUUCCGAACGAGGACCUGGACGCGUUGAUUUCGGUGACGACGGACGAGGAUGUGGAGAACAUGAUGGAGGAGUACGACCGGCUCUCCCACAACCAUAACCCGAGAUCGGCCCGGCUCCGCCUGUUCCUCUUCAGCAACGGCGACGUCGGCGAGGACUCCCCGGCCAGCAGCAUCAGCUCGAUCCUCAAUGGCUCGUCCAACCGCGAGCAGUGGUUCCUGGAUGCGCUCAAUGGCGGAGGCCCACCCCACUCGGCCUCGGGCGGCCUCGAGCGCGGCCGCUCCGAGGCCUCCUCUAUAGUGUCCGAGGUCCCAGACUACCUCUUCGGGCUGGAUAAUUCUGAUGAGAACCCGCCCCGCGAGACCAAGCUCAAGGCCCGGCCCAUCCUGCAUGAGAACGUGUCGGUCUCCGACCCUGGCUCGCCUGCCCCGGUCAUUUCAUCCCCGUUCUGCUCCACCUCGUCGGCUCCCAUGCCCGACCUCCCACCCGUCAGGACCAAGCCGGAUAUGCCAAUCCCAAGCCCCGAGCUUAAGGAGGCUCCCAACGAGGGUUUCCUAGAAACAGGCGAGACCAUAGUUAGGCAACCGAGCGGGUACCCCGGGAACCCCAUGUGGCAGUACGCCCCAAGCUCUCACUACCCCAGCCCAGCGGUGCAGCCUGUACCGGUCUAUUAUGUCCAGGGGCCGGUUCCUCCAACAACGGUUCCAGUACAACCGAUACAAAUCCGCGCACCAUACGUCCCACAGUAUACAGCAACAGGCGCCCAAGUGACCCAGAUACCGAUGGGAUACCACCAGCCGAUUCCGGGAUCCGGUCAGGUCUAUGGUGGGCCUGUGAGGCAAGCUUCUACCCUUGACCCGAACAGGCCAGUUCCCGAUGGUAUUAAUCAACAGGUGUAUUAUGGAGUGACGAACACAGGCAUGAUGGCAGCAACUUACCAUGGGAUGGUACUGCCUCACGGCGCCGAAGACACACAGGUGACCGGAAUGGAGGCAAAGAUGAGUCGGCUUUCCCAGUAGUCCCAACCCGAAUAUCGUUACCCGAGCCACACAACAGUCCAUUUCUGCUAUUGGCUAUCUGGGACCGUUUUCACAUCAUUGGAUAGAUUGUGCUAAGUGGUGAUUGGGAUCAUAAUUUUCUAUUUUUGGGGUAAAAUAUUUCUGUGAUGAAAACUGAAAUUGUCUAAAUGGUUUAUCUAAGAAUUUUGUAUAGGAACUCCAAAAAAAAAAACAUCCAUGUUGUAUCUGUGUAUAUAUAUGUCCAGAGAGAAUUUGAAGCGUGCAUGAACUGUA